UCCUCAAGCGAGUCUACCCGACAAUCUAUUCAAGAUGGCAGACAGAGAGUUUGAAGAAUUUCGCCAGUAUUUUGAACAGUUACCGCAACACAUUAAGGCUCCAUCCGACUGCUAUAUCACCACUGAGGGAGAGGCAAGAGAGUCCAGAGUCCCUGUUGAGGAGCCUAUCAUCAUAAGAGAGGAGGCCUAUCUCUGCUAUAGCGAGGAUAAGAAGGUCUCCAGAGAACGCCAUGAAACCUUCUUUGAUAUCAAGCCCAAUAAAGAGAGCGCUAAAACUACCAGCAAGGAAGGCACACUUAUCCACGGUAAGGCUCGAUCCACAAGUCCCAAGAUUAGUGCAACCUCCUCCGUCACGUUUCCGAAGUGUAUGCCAGAAGUCUUGGCCGGUUAUGGCCUAGACGAUAUUUUCAGUGUGGGAGAGUUUGGUCUCUUCUACUCACUGGUGCCAGAGACUCGCAUGACCAAGUCACAGCGAAGAGAGUUCUACACGGGUAACACAAAUUCUGAUAGGCGUCUGACCGUCCUCUUGGCGACCAAUAUGUCUGGCACCGAGAAACUACCCAUUCUUGUGGUGGGAAGGUCAUCAGUUUCCAGCAGGAGCUUCAGGGGGGUUCACACUUUGUCAGCUUCUUAUAGGAAGGACAAGAGUGCCAGGAUGACGGCUGCCAUCUUUGAGGAGUGGGUGAGGCAGCAUGAUGAAGUUUUUUAUCGCUCCCAUCGUAACGUAGUCAUGAUUGUUGAGAAGAACCCAGCUCAUCCUCCUCUCUCAGACCUGAAGGCAAUUAUUCUGGUCUUCUUGCCUCAGAGUUCUACAGAGAAAAUCAAGCCACUUGAAGAGGGGAUUAUUCGACAGCUCAAAAUCUACUACAAAUGGGGACUUUUGGAGAAGAUGAGCGACUGUAUUAGAGAUCGCAAGAACUUCACUAUCCCACUGCCUGACGCUUUGUAUCGUCUCCGUCUGUCCUGGGUGGCUGUAUCUUCUGAUAUCAUCACCAAGGCCUUCAGUAGUUGUGGCUUCUCAUCCCUUAGCUACGCAAAACCUGCAUCAGAGUGUAUCAUUAACAGCCCGCCCUUGGAAGAACUCAAAGAGAACGGACUAGAUAUGGAGGACUUCAAUGCCUGCGUGUCUGCCGACGAUAACUUGGCUACCAUGUCAUCGCUUGUGUCCAGCGAUAUUGAAAGUCCUGAUGGCUCAGAGGACGCUAGUGUCCACAUGUUCCCGGAAGGAGGAGGAGCCUCCGAGUGUACCGACGCUAGUGAUAUAAGCGAGAUUGAACCCAUGUCACAGUAUGUGCCAGAUGCCUUUCAGAUGAGGGCAGCCUUCUGGACGAUACAGUCGUACCUACAGGCGUGUCCACACGCUGAGAACAUGCUGGCCCAUCUGGCGGACAUCCAGGCUGUCGUGCAGCACAAGUGUAGGACCUCACGCGACACAUGCAACAAUAACAAGACCAGUGUGAAGUUUCCAGAGUGUUAAAAUGUGAAUGAAAAUCAAGAAAGCAGUUGUGUCUGAAGCUCUCCUCCUCAGCCACGAUGUUGGGUUUUAUUUAUAUGAAUUUAAGUCGACGUCUAUUUAUGCUAUUUUAGAAUAGUUUAAAGCAAACUAAUCAAAUUUAUAACAUUACAAAUAAAAUGAAAAAUGCCUUUGCGAGAGCUACGUUCAGACAAGUGGACACAACUGCAGCUAAUGUAACAUUUUAUUUUGGCAACGUUUCGUUCUCCAGGAGUUUUGUCAAGUCGUUACGACUUGGCAAAGCUCCUAGAGAGUGAAACGUUGGCACAAUAAAAUGUCACAUUAGUUGUAUCUAUGUCCACUGACCUAACAUUUUGUCGACAAUUAAACCAGUAUUACAACGUUCAGACAGUGUAAGAGGAACCCUGGAUUGAAGAUGAGGAAAAUUCAUGGUCCACAAAAUCAAUGUUCUGGCAUAGUGUCUUCGUCGCUUUUUCCAAAAUCUUAACUUACGGUAAAAACAAAAAUAAACGUUUUCUUUGGAGGAUGAGUUGAUAUCGAGGCGUGAAGAUGGUGAAGUGAAACUAGAAUGAAGAGAGUGUUCUGGUGAACGUUUGUGCUACGUUCAGAUCACUCAGUCCAGCAGCAGUGACUCAGCAGUCACUGCUGUCUUGAUAAAUUAGACACAUGUGCAACACUAUGUAUCAUUAAUGUGGAGACGUUUCGCCACACAGUGGCUUCAUCAGUCCAAUACGGAGAAGAAUGGUGAUCAUCAGAAGGAGUUUGAGGUAAUCAGUCCUUCAAUUUUUUCAAGACUGAUGGACUGAUUAACUGGAAUUUCUGGUCCUCCUCAGGUAUCUUCACUAUUCUUCUUUGUAUUGGACUGAUGAAGUCAAUGUGUGGAGAAACGUCUCCACCCUAAAGUAACCCAAGUAUUGCACAUGUGUCUGAUAUAUCAACUUGUCGGUUCCUUGAACCAUUUAUCUGCACUGUUGCCUUGGUCCACCAUAGUGCUACUCAGACCAGCACGAGUAAACCAGCGGUCACUGUAACAGUGAAGCACCAUAAUGGGACCAUCACUAAACACAUUAUUUUAUAGGAGAGAUGUAGAAGGUGAUCUUUCCCUUGAAGAAUAACAUAGCCUGAACAACUCUUAAUUACCAUAGUGUAUCAGCCACCAGGGCAGAGUGGUGCUUGUAUCACCUUACAGAGACCACUGGUGUACCAACCAGUGUUGUACCACAAGUACUAGUGUAUCACAAGUGUCAGUGUACCACAGGUGCCA